CUCCGCACUCCGGCGGCCCGCUCCGGCUCGCGCCCCAGCUCCCCGCUCGCUCCCGGCAGCGACCCCGUGUCCAGACCCGCGCGGGUCCCGCGCCCCCGGAGCCGCCCCAGGCCGCCCCCCGGAGCCGCCCUGGACAUGCAGAUGCUGACCAGGAACGUCCUGCUGGACGUGGAGCAGGACGAGGAGGACGACGAUGACGGGGACCUCGGUGAUGUUGCAGCCUCCAGGAGGCCUUUUCUGACUCCUCCAGGUCUCCUCCCAUCCACUCUCGUGUUGGAGAACUUGGACCAGACAAUUCUCCCGAAUUGUGGAUCGCUGGAAGAUCAGCAAGAUUUCCAAGUCCCGGAAUUUGAAGAAUUCAAUGGAAAACCUGAUUCCCUCUUUUUUAACGAUGGCCAGCGAAGAAUCGAUUUUGUUCUUGUGUAUGAAGAUGAGAGCAGAAAAGAGACCAAUAAAAAAGGCACAAAUGAAAAACAACGGAAAAAAAGACAAGCCUAUGAAUCUAACCUCAUCUGCAAAGGGCUGGAGCUGGAAGCAACACGUUCCGUCUUGGACGACAAGCUGGUGUUCGUGAAGGUGCACGCGCCCUGGGAAGUGCUGUGCACGUACGCGGAGCUCAUGCACAUCAAGCUGCCGCUGAAGCCCAACGACCUGAAGACCCGCUUCUCGGCCUUCAGCCACCUCAACUGGUUCACGAAGGUCCUCAGUGUGGACGAAAAUAUCAUCAAGCCAGAGCAAGAGUUCUUCACGGCCCCAUUUGAAAAGAACCGGAUGAAUGAUUUUUACAUUGUUGAUAGAGAUACCUUCUUCAAUCCAGCCACCAGAAGCCGCAUUGUUUACUUCAUCCUCUCUCGGGUCAAGUAUCAAGUGGUAAACAACGUGAGCAAGUUUGGGAUUAACAGACUUGUAAGUUCUGGAAUCUACAAGGCAGCCUUCCCUCUUCACGAUUGCAGGUUUGGCCAGCAGUCCGAGGACGCCAGCUGCCCCAGUGAGCGCUACCUUCUGUACCGGGAGUGGGCUCACCCGCGGAGCAUCUACAAGAAGCAGCCCUUGGACCUCAUCAGGAAGUACUAUGGAGAGAAGAUCGGAAUCUACUUUGCCUGGCUGGGCUAUUACACGAAGAUGCUCCUGCUGGCCGCGGUGGUGGGGGUGGCCUGCUUUCUCUACGGAUAUCUCAGUCAGGAUUACUGCACCUGGAGCCGAGAAGUUUGUGACCCUGACAUCGGCGGCAAUAUCAUCAUGUGUCCUCAGUGUGACAAGCUCUGUCCGUUCUGGAAGCUCAACAUUACCUGCGAGUCCUCCAAGAAAUUGUGCAUCUUUGACAGUUUUGGAACUCUAGUCUUUGCAGUAUUUAUGGGAGUGUGGGUGACUUUGUUCCUGGAGUUCUGGAAGCGGCGCCAGGCGGAGCUGGAGUACGAAUGGGACACUGUCGAGCUGCAGCAGGAGGAGCAAGCACGGCCAGAGUACGAAGCACAGUGCACGCACGUGGUCAUCAACGAGAUCACUCAGGAAGAAGAGCGCAUCCCGUUCACCACCUGUGGGAAGUGUAUCCGGAUAACCCUCUGUGCCAGCGCCGUCUUUUUCUGGAUCCUGCUGAUCAUCGCGUCGGUCAUCGGCAUCAUCGUCUACAGGCUCUCGGUGUUCAUUGUGUUUUCCACAACCCUUCCCAAAAGCUUCAACGGGACCGACCCGAUCCAGAAGUACCUGACCCCGCAGAUGGCCACGUCCAUCACCGCGUCCAUCAUCAGCUUUAUCAUCAUCAUGAUUCUGAACACCAUCUACGAAAAAGUGGCCAUCAUGAUCACCAACUUCGAACUCCCAAGGACCCAGACCGAUUAUGAGAACAGCCUCACCAUGAAGAUGUUCUUGUUCCAGUUCGUCAACUACUACUCAUCCUGCUUCUACAUAGCAUUUUUUAAGGGCAAAUUUGUAGGCUACCCGGGAGACCCGGUGUACUGGCUGGGGAAGUACAGAAACGAAGAGUGUGACCCGGGGGGCUGCCUCCUGGAACUGACAACUCAGCUGACAAUAAUCAUGGGAGGAAAGGCAAUCUGGAAUAACAUCCAAGAGGUCUUACUGCCCUGGAUCAUGAAUCUGAUUGGGCGCUAUCGCAGAGUUUCUGGGUCAGAAGACAUAAGCCCGCGGUGGGAACAGGACUACCAUCUGCAGCCCAUGGGCAAGCUGGGAUUGUUUUAUGAGUACCUUGAGAUGAUUAUUCAGUUUGGGUUCGUCACCUUAUUUGUGGCCUCUUUUCCGCUGGCUCCUCUGUUGGCUCUGGUGAACAAUAUAUUGGAAAUAAGAGUGGACGCGUGGAAGCUGACCACCCAGUUUAGACGCAUGGUGCCAGAGAAAGCCCAGGACAUCGGUGCGUGGCAGCCCAUCAUGCAAGGCAUCGCCGUUCUGGCGGUGGUGACCAACGCCAUGAUCAUUGCGUUCACGUCAGACAUGAUCCCCCGGCUGGUGUACUACUGGUCCUUCUCCAUCCCACCCUACGGAGACCAUGAGCACUACACCAUGGAGGGCUACAUCAACAACACGCUGUCCAUCUUCAACAUCUCGGACUUUAAAGACAGGAGCAAGGCCGAGUCCAGCUCCGGGCUUGGCAACUACACCACGUGCAGGUAUCGUGACUUCCGAAAUCCCCCUGGACACCCACAAGAAUAUAAACACAACAUCUACUAUUGGCAUGUGGUUGCUGCCAAGCUGGCUUUUGUCAUUGUCAUGGAGCACAUCAUCUACUCGGUGAAGUUUUUCAUCUCCUACGCAAUUCCAGACGUCUCCAAAAGCACGAAGAGCAAGAUCAAGAGGGAGAAGUACUUAACCCAGAAGCUGCUGCACGAGAGCCACAUGACCAAGAAUCUCGGCAUUGUCAUCCAGAACAUGGCUGGACUGGUGGACAGCAACCUCCGACCCAAGUCCGAGUGAGGGCUUCGGGUCUGAGGAGGCUUGGAAGGAUUAGUUCUGUCAAAAUAAAUUAGGAAUCGCUGAUGAGAAUGUUUAAGUUAAAUCACUCUGGCAAAUCUGAGUCUCAGCUGUCAUCAUUUUCAUGCAUUUUUCAGUUUCAGCUCUUGAUGCAAGAACUGAGAAAUGCAAAAGUCAGAUGGAGAAGGGCAUAAAACUCCCCACCUGGAAGGCCUUGUGUUUUGUGUUUUGUUUUGUUUUAUAAAUUGGCAUUCUGGUAACACAGCAAAAGGCUUUGUACUGUGCUUAAGCACCACCCCUCCUAACACAGAGCCGGUUUUUCUCCUUGAUCCCUUCUGUUCCUUUCUGUUCGCAAACACGAUCCCCUUUAUUUUUGGGGAGUGUUGUCUUUCUCCACCUCGCCCGGCUUGCUCCAGAGCUGACUUCUCCGUACGCCAUCGUUACUGAGACCAGACGUGCUGCCACCGUAAUAGCUUCUGUGUGAUGAAAGCGUUGCUAACUCGGAGUUGAGAGCUCUAUUAAGUGGCCAAGAACUUCAGGAAUUCACGGUAUUUAGGUAUAGCAUUGUACCCAGACAGAAAGGACGCCCUAAUAAGUAAGCCAUUUGAGGCUUCAUUCUAGCCCGUCUUUCCAUCUUAGAGAAAUGCCCGGAAUGGAUUGCGGUGCAGACAGCAAGCUCCUGAAGCUUGCGUGUGUGAAUCCACAGUGGCACCUUGGAUUUUCUAGGAGCAGCCCUAGAAGGUUCUGUGCCUAGUCAGUGUGGACUGCUUUGCAGACCUCGACAGAACAGGAUGACAAAAGUCAGGAAUUCUAACUCACGUUGAUCUGGAUAGUUAAUUUACCUCUUCUAAAGAUAUGUAGCUUCUUGCAGAAAAAAAUGAUAACUGAUGGGAAUUCCAUUCUGAUCAGCAUGAUGCGCUUUGAAGAGAGAAGCCGCUCGGCUGCCCACCAGUUGGUUUUUCUACACUAAAUACAGGAAGUGCUUUAUUACAGAUCACCAAGCGCCUUCGUGGCCGGCUCGUUCAGUGACGGUACCGAGCGUGGUCCGGGAGGUAGCAGAUGCCCCAGUUGUGAGCCACAGCUGUGGCCCUUGUGUGGCCUGCGUGGGCUAUCGCUGUAUGCCACGGUGACAAAUAUGCCAAAGCACCUGCCACAUGCUGAAUGUGGCCUCCUUGCACCUUCUGUCCUCAUUCUAAGCCCAGUCACUUGGUGGUAAUUACAUGCUGCUCUAGAGACCAGAAUAUUGCUCAUUGGGUAGGGGUAACAGGAGAAUGACUUGGCCACAAACUGUAAUGUCAUUUGGAGGCCACUUCCUCCACCGCUGUGCCUGUCUUGCCCUCUGUUUACGCGGCCUAGCAGCUUGCCGAGCUUUACUGUUUUUGAAGUGUCAGUGAAUAGGGCCGGCACCUCUCCACCACCAGCGCUGGGUGGAGGGGGGUGCGCCUGCAUCGUGUGUGGAUGGGCCCCUCCCCUCUGGACUGCUGUUAAGUCCCCAGGUGCCCCAGGAGCCGACCCAUCCAGAGUCCAGCAGCAGAGCGCGACACGUUUCGGUGCCCCAACACUGAAGGCCUCUGAUAAUCAAGUAGCUUAACUCCAGGUCAUAGCUUUCCGCACCUGCUGUGAAUGUUUUCAGGGCAUGCAGACCACGGGCAUGGUGUCUGUGAUUCAGCAAAACAGUGUUCCGGGCUUUUGCCUGUCCCAGUGCAUCAGGGACAGCAUGUCACUACCUUUCUUGAUAAUGUACGCUAACAGAAUGGCCAGCGUGCCCAGCACAGGCCACACGAGGCCUACCACUCUGGGACAUAAAGAUAAGCAUCUUCCCAUCAGAGGGAACUCUGUUCUUGUUGCCUUUAGUCCUCGAGGGGGCAGCACCAUGCCCUUGCCCACCCUCGGUGAGACAGCUCCUGGGUGUGUGCCGCCUUUUCUCUUAUUACCUCUGCUCUUCUCUGAUGCAUGUGACGAUCUCCUGGUCUUAGCUUCAGCAAUGUGUCACUCCGGUGUCAUUAUGAAAAAGGAAAUGCUUAUACCUUACCUUGCUGCAUAGAGGGUAGAUUUGCAAAAGAAAUGUGCAUUUCUGUGUUCUUAGCCCCAGCUGAGAGAUCCCUAUUCACAGCUUAAAACAUGCUGCGCAGACAGGAACAAAAAGUUCCUCGAUGUUUCGGAAGGCGGCACAGGUGACGUCCAACACUGCCAAGUUGCCCCAAAUUGCUAAGUUGCCAUGGAGACCCAGAGACCUCCCCCCAUAAUGCCAUCGGCAGUGUUCAUGUGAGUGUCAUGUGGGGCUGGGGAAACGGGGCGCUGCGCCUACAGACUAGGGCUGCAUCAAUGCAGAGGAGUAGAGGCAGCCCCCAACCCCUAAAACCACAGGCCACGGGCUGUGACCCUAAGCCUAUCUGGCGUUAACCACUAGAGAAAUUUUAUCUUUAUCUCCUUUUGUAAAGCCUGUGAACUUUAGUGGAUUGAAGCGUUAGACCAAAUACUCAGGGUUUUUUUUUUUUUCUUUAAACAUCCCUCCGAUGUUCUAAAUAUUUCAUUAGAAAGGGAAAGCCAUCAUUUUUGCUGUAAAACUAAACUAGGCAAUCUUGUAAGAUCUCACGCCAAACUCUCCUUUCUGUUGCACGCAGCUCUUGAAUUUCACAGAACAUUAAUUCACAGUAGGGCGGACUGAUCUGUUGAUGAAACACAUCUUGUGCCGUUUGCUUAUGUUCAUACUGAAAGGUGUUUGAGAAGUUAAUGUCUGAGCAAAACUAAAGCGUUCAUUAUGCUUUUCAUACACUGUGGCCUCAGAUGUAAAAUUUGUAAUUGUUAAUUUCUAUGCAUUUAAUAUUCUUUUGUAAUUAUGAGCAUUUUAAUAAAUUCAU